CGCUAUUCUGAAGUCCUCCGUGCAGAUGUGCUACGGAUUACUGCCAUCUCUUGGACCUCCCUAGCUUCAUUAUGCCGUGAUCGGCCGCAAACCGAUCAUCCCUUGUCCCCAUAUCGCUCUGAAUUCUCACUCCGGAAUCCUGCCCCUCCGCCGCCGAUCCGACCUGUCAUAUUGCCUAUCGUGCAGAUAAUCGUGCAGCGACGGGAACCCCCCUCCUCCAAUAUGGACCCCGCCAUCCUGCGCGAGGUCUCCCGCGUCGAUCCUGUGGUUCCUUUCCGCGCAACCACCCAUCAUCUCCAUCAUACUUGGGCGCAGACCUUCUAUUCGCGGCCCGAACUUUACGUGCGCCCGCAGUCUAUCGAGGAAAUUCGGAAGCUGGUCAACCUCGCUCGCCAUUGUCGGCGUCGUCUGGUCACCGUGGGGAGUGGCCACUCCCCCUCCGAUCUGACCUGCACCUCUGCCUGGCUGGUAAAUUUGGAUGAUUUCAAUCGGGUGUUGGAGGUUUCGCCGGAGACCGGGGUGGUGACCGUUCAGGCGGGGAUUCGGUUGAGAGACUUGGGCGCACAGCUGGAGAAACAUGGCUUGACAUUGUCGAACUUGGGUAGUAUUGAUAGUCAGUCGGUCGCGGGUGUGAUCUCCACGGGUACUCAUGGAAGUUCUCUCCAGCAUGGCUUGAUCUCCGAGUGUAUCUUAUCGCUGACUCUCAUGCUGGCUAAUGGGCAGCUGGUGCGGUGCAGCGCGACCAGUAACCCGUCGCUGUUCCGGGCUGCGCUGAUUUCUCUGGGGGCACUUGGUAUCAUUGUUGAGGUCACGCUGCAGGCGGAGCCCGCGUUCAAGGUGGCCUGGCGACAGACGCGACGCAAACUGUCGAGUGUGCUGGCCGAAUGGUCAUCCGGGUUGUGGACAUCGCAUGAAUUUGUUCGGGUAUGGUGGAUGCCCUAUGAGAAGAGUGCGGUUGUCUGGCACGCCGACAAAACCGACCUCCCGCUGCGGAACCCGCCCAAGUCCUUUUAUGGGGAGACACUCGGUUACCAUAUCUACCAUAAUCUGCUGGCCCUGGCUAACUAUUUCCCUCGUAUCCUCCCGUGGGUGGAAUGGCUGGUGUUUGGUUUGCAGUAUGGUUUCAAGCCGGAAGCCAUCGUGACGGAGGCAGUAGAACCAGCCCGCUCCGGUCUCCUCAUGAAUUGUCUGUACUCGCAGUUUGUCAACGAAUGGGCACUCCCGCUUGAGAAGGGCCCCGAAGCCAUCACUCGUCUCUCCGCCUGGUUGAAUGGUGAUCUCGAAACAGCGCGUAUCCCUUUUUCUGUCGACGGCCUGUGGGUGCAUUGUCCCAUCGAAGUCAGAGUCGCGGACUCUACCUACAACAAGACACCCCGUCCGUUCCUAGAUCCUACCUCUUCCGGCGGACCGACCCUGUAUCUCAAUGCAACGCUCUAUCGCCCGUACCAUCGGGAUCCCCCCUGCACGGAACGGUAUUACGAGGCAUUCGAGUGGCUCAUGCGCGAAAUGGGCGCAAGACCGCAUUGGGCUAAGAACUUCCGGACGACGAGGGAGGAGCUGAAAAAUCUGUAUGGAGAGGAUAUGGCGGAAUGGUUAAAGGUGCGCCAAGAUGUGGAUCCUGACGGCAUGUUCCUUGGUGAAUGGCAUUACCGAAACCUCGCCUUGCCAGGUACUGAGGACGAGUCAGGACCGGCCGUCCUUCCGCUUCUCGAGCGCGAAAAGACUCGCCGGAAGGCAGGCGUUCGGGGAUCCGGUGACGGCAUGGAGUGGAUCGGACACAAGCAAUGGCAAGGGAAGCAGGGUCGCCAGGCUGCUACUUCUGUGCCCGCGCUAGGAAAUGAGAAGAUCCAAGGAUCAUCAGAUGAGGUUAUUCUCAGUCCUCCCACAACAGCAACCAGUGAAGAGAGCUUUGAUCUUCUGGCGGCGGGCGAGGCUAGUGUUGUCCUUCCUGAACCUAGCGCGUGAGGGAAAGAGGGAAUCGCGACAAGGAGGUUUGGCCAAGUAGCAAUCAAAUUUACGCGCGCCUCCCACCUUUGUGGGUUAUAGACCGGAAUGGCCGACUCGGAGAUUUCUAUUGGCCGGCCAAGAUUCAGGUGACCGUGUAUUUAGUUGCCUCACUGCUGUGUUCUUUUCUCUCUUCAUUUGUUUCCUUCUUUUAUACCUUUUUUUGUUAAUCCUCGGCCCUGUUGUUCAAACUCCUUCAAUUAUAAUGUUACACCUGGUCGAGCCCGCUAUGUAAGAUGCUAGCUAAGCAGGUGCGUUGCGAAGCAUGAAUAUUGCCCUGAACGCCGUCAAGCCCUCAGGCCUCGCAGAAACACAUGAGGUUGGUGAAACAAUGCGUGCCGCGGGGUAGUAAGAUCGUCGCCACAGCUAAACACAAUGAAAGACACCACGAAAGCAUAGAAGGAACCAUAAAAUAUGAUAUCAGAUAUAUUUUUUGCGUACCAGAUUGAAAGUUGCGG